AUGCGCGCUCGGGGCCGCAGCCCCUUUAAGGCAGGUAGCGGCGCCAGGGGCGGGCAGUCGGUGUGCACGCAUGCGCAGGGCUCCGAUGGGAGCCGUGGAGCCAGUUGUGGCGGCUGGGUGCGCCAUGGGCUGUGGCCGGGGGGCCUGAGCCGGCCCGGUGGCACCUCCCACAGCACUCGGCCCAUGGCGGAGCUGGGUGCCGGAGAGCCCGAUGAGCGGCUGUUGCUCCUCGCGGAGCCGGCGCCUCAGGCAGGGCCACCCUGGCGGGGGCCGCACGUGGCAAAAGCUGCCCCCGGCGCGGCUGUGAGGCUGUAUGCGGAGCUCGGGCUCGAGGAGGACGGUGAGGAGGACUCGGGGCCCGAGGGCGAUGGAGAGGACGAGCCUCUGCUGCGGGCGCCGGGCGCUGGCCGCGGCCGUCGAGCGGGUGCCGCCUGGGAUAAGGAGUCCCGCGCCGCCGCAGGACAUACUGCUGAUAUGAAUAUAUUUUUGGAUGAUCCAGAAUUUGCAGAGAUUAUUCUGAGAGCAGAACAAGCUAUAGAGUGUGGAGUUUUUCCAGAACGAAUCUCUCAAGGUUCCAGUGGGAGUUACUUUGCCAAGGAUCCAAAAGGGAAAACUAUUGGAGUGUUCAAACCAAAAUCUGAAGAGCCUUAUGGACAUCUAAAUCCAAAAUGGACCAAAUAUUUUCACAAAGUUUGUUGUCCUUGCUGCUUCGGCAGAGGCUGCCUCGUUCCAAAUCAGGGAUACCUCUCUGAAGCUGGUGCCUAUCUUGUGGAUGACAAGCUGGGACUAGGAGUUGUACCUAAAACCAAGGUUGUCUGGCUUGUCAGCGAGACCUUUAAUUACAGUGCAAUAGAUCGUGCAAAGUCAAGAGGAAAAAAAUAUGCUUUAGAGAAAGUGCCAAAAGUUGCAAAAAAAUUUAAUCGAAUUGGACUACCUCCUAAGGUUGGCUCCUUCCAGCUGUUUGUUGAAGGAUAUAAGGAAGCUGACUUCUGGCUCAGGAAGUUUGAAACUGAUCCUUUACCUGAGAAUACAAGGAAAGAAUUUCAGUCACAGUUUGAAAGAUUGGUUAUUUUGGAUUAUGUAAUCAGAAAUACAGACAGAGGUAACGAUAACUGGUUAGUCAGGUAUGAAAAACAGCAUGAUGGACUUGAUCUGUCAGAUCAGGAUAGCCAAUGGACUGUAACUAAGGAAUCUACUAUUAAAAUUGCUGCAAUUGACAAUGGUUUAGCAUUUCCUUUUAAGCAUCCUGAUGAGUGGAGGGCGUAUCCUUUUCACUGGGCUUGGCUUUCUCAAGCAAAAGUUCCUUUCUCCCAGGAGACCAGAGACCUAGUUCUUCCUCGCAUUUCUGAUAUGAACUUUGUACAGGAUCUUUGUGAAGAUCUUUAUGAACUAUUUAAGACUGAUAAAGGAUUUGACAAGGCUACUUUUGAAAACCAAAUGUCUGUUAUGAGGGGGCAGAUAUUAAAUCUUACUCAGGCGUUAAAGGAUGAAAAGAGUCCCAUUCAGCUUGUUCAGAUGCCGCGUGUGAUUGUGGAGCGAAGUAGCACUGGAGGUCAGGGCCGAAUUGUUCAGCUGAGUAAUGCGUUCACGCAGACCUUUCAUAGCAGGAAGCCUUUCUUUUCCUCCUGGUAGCAACAAAAGUACGUGGGAAGAGUAAGUUUCUGGAGUUCAGAAAGCUACUUCUAUGUAAAAGCUUUGCAAUAAUAUACUUCUGCUGUAUAACAGGAGCUCUGACUGCCACCACCUCAAAACUUAAAUUCUGAAGACUUAAAUGUAUUUUGAAUGUAAUAAAAGUUUACAAUUUUUGUGUCAAAAUUGUGAAUUCUUAUGUUGGGGAUGAGAAGAACUUGUCCAUACUGUAUUUUUAUAGGCUAAACUAAUGUAUUCUGAAUACGGGAAGAUACACAGUUUGCGUAUGCUGAGAAACUACUUUUGAAUACAACAGGAAUUCUUUUUGUUUCAUAUAAAUGUGAGAACCUGUACACUAUUGACUUCUUUUAUAUGGUCUUUAAAAAUUGCAGAACGUUAUAUUUGAUUGUGCAAAUGCUUUUCCCUGGAAUUUCUUGCUGGUAUUUUAAGCUGUUAGAUUUUUGUAGGCUAGUUACUUGAGAAGUCAUGCACUUUAAAUAAAAAAUGGAGGGAGGGAGA